AUUCAAAAGCAGAAAAUGGCAUUAGAUUUUCCAAAAUAAGGCUUGUUUUUAUACAGGCAGUGUAAAAUAAGCUUUGAAUAAUGCUGUUUAGAUUAUGCGUAUACACAUUUUACUGCAAAAUCAAAAAUAUGGACACACUUCAAAUAGAUUUGUGGGAAAUUCUCAAAGGUAAUUAAGCUCAUAGUCAACCACAUAUCGAGUCCUGCUGAAUGCUUUCCGGAUAAACUCGUUGCUUAUAUAUCUAAACAUGGGGGCUAAGCUCCUCCUGUCUUUCAACCUAUGGACGUCCCUACUGAAAUGUGGAGACCCCUUUACAUUGUGGAUUGACUGAGAUUUGCCCCUCCUCCCGUCAAGAUGACGUCCUCUCCCAUCACGUCUUCCCCCGGAGAUGCUCAACACACAGUGUGCUUUUUCUCCCUUUCUGUCCGGAUGACCCCCAACGCUCUUCCAGUGCGCCACUAUGGAACGCUGGAUUGAGAACCUUACGAGUAACAUCUCUCAGGCGGACGCGCAGCCCGAGGACGAGCCGCGCGACGAGCGCUUGGCGCGGGUGGAGGUGGCUCUGCUCUCCGUCAUCUUCCUGACGGCCGGGCUCCUCAACUUCGGGCUCCUGCUGGUGCUGUGGAAGAGGAGGAAGCAGCUCUCCAGAAUGCGCGUCUUCGUCUUCCACCUGUGCCUCGCCGAUUUGGUGGUGACAUUUUUCCAAGUUUGUCCGCAGCUGAUGUGGGACAUCACGGACCGCUUCGUGGGUCCGGACGUGUUGUGUCGCGCAGUGAAGUACCUGCAGGUGGUGGGCAUGUUCGCCUCCACGUACAUGAUCGUAGUGAUGACCAUCGAUCGUUAUCAAGCCGUCUGCCACCCCAUGGUCACAUUCCAGAGGCACAGGGCGCGCUGGAACGCGCCCGUGUGCGCAGCCUGGUGCGCCUCCUUGGUGGGUGGCAUCCCGCAGGUGUUCAUCUUCUCCCGCGUCGAGGUAGCCCCAGGGGUGUACGACUGUUGGGCCAGGUUCGUCUCGCCGUGGGGCUUGAGAGCCUACGUGACGUGGACAUCUAUGGUCAUCUUCGUCUUGCCGGUUCUCUCUGUGAUCGUGUGCCAAGUGCGCAUUUGUCGCGCGGUGUACUCCAACCUGCACUUGAAGUCGCACCAUGUCGAGGGGCAAUCGAGCAGCAGAGCCUACAGCGGGGCUGGGGUGUCCAAAGCCAGGGCGAAGACGCUGAAGAUGACCAUGGUCAUUGUGCUCACCUACAUCUUCUGCUGGACUCCUUUCUUCACGGUGCAACUGUGGUCCGUGUGGGACCAGGACGCACCCAUUCAAACUGCAACCUUCACCAUCCUGAUGCUGCUGGCCAGUCUGAACAGCUGCGCAAACCCUUGCAUCUACCUGAUGUUCAGCGUCAAGUCCCCCGGGAGGCUUGUGGACGUGGUGUGCAGAGGCAGGUCUCAUCAGCGGGAAUCCAUGCAAGAGGAAGCAACCAUGGUCAGCUCGCUUUUCAUCAACCUCAAGAACCUGUCAGAACCGAGACAUUUACCUGCCCUGAGACCGCUUUAUGGCGUCAGAACAGGGACGGGGCAGGAGGCGUCUUAGACCAUCAGACUGUAAAUGUCCGAAAAUGGUCCCUUUUUAGUAGGGCUGGUUUUCCAGCGGUUCCACCAGCGGUUCCACCAGCGGUUCCACCAGUGGUACCACCACACACCAUGCACCAGCAGUUCACUGAUUCUCAUUUUAUGGUGUAUGAAUGUGAAAUAGUGUUUGGUGGUGGUUCGAGAGCCUGCGUGGCGUUAAAUGGCAGCUUUUCAGUCAGACUACUCUGGGGCAGUUGUGGAUACAGAUAUAGUUAACCACCACCAAUUUGUGACUGGGGAGUGAAUGAAUAAUGGGUUCAAUUCAUGUGAAGCGUUUGGGUGCCUUGAAAAGGGCUACAUAAAAUCUCAAUCGAUAUUAUUAUUGUUAUUUGUUUUUUUCUACAUAAUUUUGUGACCAAAAUGUGUGAUGUUUUGGCGUAAUAAAUCCUUUGAGUGA